AGAAAAGUAAGGACCUCAGAAAAGGCCAAAAUAAUAAAGUCAACAGUAAUUAUGACGAAGAAAACAGAUAACCAAGAAAGUGGUUAUGAUCAUGUUUCCGUGGAAGCUAUGCAUCUGGUAAAUGAAGUUUUAGAAGAAGCAUGUAUUAUUGUAAAUACAGCAAAUGAAUCUAAUGAUCCUUGGAAAUACAUUUCAUGUUUGAAAAAUUACAAAAACCAGGAUGACGCUUACGAUCAUAAUUUAACGUUUGUAAUUAACAAAGAUUGUAUAAAGAAUCUUGAACUGGAUCAUUCCAUUAUCACCUCCACGCCACAAAAAGGUCAAGGCGAUGAAGAAAUCAAGUUAGUAAAUGAUAAUAAUAAUACGAGUAAUUCUACUUCCAUUUACAUUAGCCAAUUGUUUGAUAUUGCUGAUCUAGAGGCAGCUGAAGAAGAAAAAGAUAUUGAAGAAAUAAAAGAAUCUGACGGAUCGAUCCAUAAAGACAUUGUUAAAUUUAUUGAUCAUUGUCUAGAUAUAUCGGUUUCUAAACUUUUAACUACCGAAAGAAACGCAAGUGACUGUGAAGAUUUUGUGAAAGAAAAUUCUAAUCAAUUAAGCCAAUUUGUUCUUGAAGAUGUUAGUGAAGACAUUCAGAACAAUGAUUAUAUUGAUGUUAAUAUAAAAAUAAAUGUAACAAAAACCUGCAAUGAAGCUUCUGCAGCAGAAGACAAGAAGAUGAAUGAGAAAAUCUGCUUGGAAGAUUUAUGCUCAUAUGAAAAUGCAUAUCUGUCAUUAAACCGUGACGAUGAGCAAGAUUUUGAUACAUCGGAACUUAAGCUCCAAUCAAAAGAUCCAAGAAAGAUCAGAUUGCAAGAAGUCGACCUGACACCGGAACAAGACGUCGUUAAAAAAGUAGGACAGGAAAAUUUUGGAAUGCCCACAUCAUCCAAAAAUGCAGAUCUAUUGACAGAUUCUCGUAAACGCACAUUGAUUUACCGAUGUCGGCUGCAGAGUAGAAAAAUCCUGGCUCGUUUGCGCAGUUGGUUGUGGAGGAAGUCAAUGAGAAAAUACAAGAUAAGUCGUGGAUGGACUGGUGCAGAGCGAGGCAUGAGCCCUUUGUCUCCAAGGGUGAAGAGACGGGCUAGCAGUGUAUUUGACCACUGGCCAUCUCGUGCCACCUUUUCACGUAGUACAUGGAAGUUCAACACCAUUAGCGGAACAUUUGUCAAUUCAGCUCUUUGGAAGGAACUUGGCUCUAAAGUGCAAUUCAGAAAUUCUUAAUUUUUUUUUUAGUUUUUGCUGAACAAACAAUAAAUUUUUA